AUGCAGACGGCCAUCUCGCCUUCGAGAAACCUGGAUGGGGAUCAGUUACCAAACCAAAGUGAUGGCGUAUCUGACUCAAAUCCUGGCAACUCGCCGCUCGUAGCAGCCCCGUCUACAUGUGCUACAGAGAUGUCUAUAUCUAUUUCAGCUUCAGAUAUGGAGGUAGAAGAAGCAGCAGAUCUCGAAAGCCCUUCGCCGCAGAAUACCCAGGGAACACAGCUAUUUAAUAUUCCCUGGUCAGAGGCAGACGAAAUUCUCCAUGUAUUCCGGCAGAAAUAUGUGCAUCAUUUCCCAUUUGUCGUCUUAGAGAACGGAAUAUUUGCCCGCCAGCUAGAACAGCAGCAGCCAUUUACUUUCAAGGCAAUCUUGUUAAUUGCCGCUCCGUUGUCGCCGCUGGUGACUGCAGCAAUGAAGGAGGACCUCUUUGCUCUUCUCGGUCAACGUCUGUUCACUGAGAAGGAAUUUGACUUGGAUCUCCUACAAUGCGUCUUAGUUUGUAUUGCUUGGGCUGAUAUAUGCAAUCUGAAUAAUCACCAAAUCACAAAUCUCACAUACACCGCGCUUGGGUAUGCCCAUAAUCUGGCAGCUUCCGGGAGGUCAUUCAAUGCUUCUCGGCGUGAAAGUAACCCCUUCAGCAAUAUCACCUCAACUGAAAGCCCGGCAAUACACCUCAAACUCGGCGAUAUCGAUGCCCAUAGAGCGUUCUUGGGUUGUGUCAGUGUGCUUUCAGUAGAUUCGGCCCGUUUUGGUCGGCAGAAUCCCCUCAGCGGCCCAUACGUUGACCUAUGUCGCAGCUUGCUUAGGCAACAUCCUGAAUGUCCCUCAGAUUUUGUUCUGGAGCGAUAUGUGCGGAUGAUGCAGCUGAACGAUAAGAUAUCUGAGAGUUUUCACGCCAAUACGAUCCAUAAUGGAAGGGAAUCCUAUCUUUCUCUCAUCGAGGAGUCUGCUCUGCGGCUUCGUCCCGAGCUGGAUAGCGCAAUAGAGUCGCUGGGUUUCGAUCAACAGCAAUUUCGCUGGCCUUCCAUUGGAAAUGUUGGCAGCCAUGAGAAAUCCUUUAGGCUGAUCUACAACUACUUAAUAGUACGGCUCUACGAACCAGCCACACGCUUUGAACAGGCUACAAUAGAAAUGGAAGAUGCCUCGCUCGAUUUGUGGCGGCGAUGUUUGACAAACAGCCUAUCUGCCACCAAGGCAUAUUUUGAGAAUCUACUUGCAGCCCGUCCUGAUGGUUGGUACACCUAUCAAUCUACAAUUGUUAUGAAGCCGAUCAUAUUUGUGAUGAUCAUCGCUGUCCGCCUCCUUUUAAUCAACGUUCCUGGCUGGAAUGCCCAGCUGGUAUAUCCCGAAUUCGACCUUUCCUCCAUAAUAGAUCAAUUUGUUUCUCAGUUAGAGGGAGCUGAAGAGGCUCUGAAACAAGAUAAUGAGAAAUUUGCGCACAGCGUAAAUCUGGACAAGAAACCGGAGGGGAUGGUGAAGUCGAGGAGAUUGGCGGAUAUGGCAAGGAAGGCGAAAAGUAUAAGGGAGUGGUAUGAAGCAAGGAGGGGCGGAGUGGUAACAAGUGAACGCUUUGGUGAUGAAACGGGAGGCCCAACUAUCGUAACCGAGGGUGAGAAGCCGGCCACAGAAAUUUGGUGGUCUCGUCAGCCACGGUGGUUCAGUGGGCUGUAUGAGAAUUUUGCUUGGAACUUUGACGACAUGGAGGGCUGA